AUGAGGAUGGAUAAAGCUGAUUCUGUAUCAUGGAAGGUGUUGGCAGAACAGAAAGAGAAAGAGUGGAGAGGAAUCUUAGAGUCAAGGAUAGAGGCCUUAGAGAAAGAAUGCAAAGAGAAGGACAGUCUGUUAUUGUCUGAAAGAGCCAAAUUUCAGGAAUUGAAAGAGCAUUUCAAGUAUAAUUUGAAGUUGCUAGAGGAGAGAGAUCAGGAGUUGGAGAAAUAUGACAUUUCACAUUCAGAACUUCGCACAUCACUGAAUGUAAAAAUUGCAGAAAUUAGUGAACUGAAAAUUCAUCUGGAUGAUUUGAAAAAUGUCAUAAAGAGGGAGGAGAAAAUCAGAGAGGAGCUGCAGGCUAACUAUCAAAAGAGGCUGAAAGAUAAACAAGCUGAGGUCAACACAUACAAAAGCCACAAAGAUGGAGAGCUUCAAGAAGAGAGAAAGGAAUAUGAAGAAUUUAGAAGAAAUCUUCAGCUUCAGUUGCUUAAUGUUCAGAACGAAUUAGAUACACAAAAGUCUGAACUGACUAUACAAUUUGAAAAUGAGUUAAAGAAAAGAGAACACGAGUUCAGAGUUCAGUUUGAUGAGCUCCGUACAAAGGCACUGGAAUUUGAGUUGAAGGCAAAACUGGUGGAGAAAGAGCUUGAGCUGACAAGAGAGUCUAAUGACAAAACUGUUGCUGCAGCAGAAGAGGCAGAAACUAUGCAGAGGAAGUUGGAGAAGCUUGUUAAACAGAAGGAAUGGGAGCUGGCGGAUGUGACUGCAGUGAAGGACUCUCAGCUUGCAGAACUACAAAACAAAUUGGCCUCUUGUGAAUCAGCGAUGAGAAAAAUGCAGGAAGAUUUUCAAAGAAAAUACACAGAAUUGGACAAACUGGCACGUGACAAGGAAAGUGUCUUGGAGAGAGCUAGGAAUGGCUACCUGGAAAAGGAACAGGCUCUGCAGACUGUCAUCCAGGAGCUUCAGUCCAAGCUGGAGGAUGCACAGAUUAGAGACAAAGGCAGCUCACAUGAGCUCACUGAUGUCAAGGAAAAGUGGGAUCGACAUGUUGCUAAAAUUUCCAGAGAACAUGUGGCUCGUGACCUUGAACUUAGUACUGCCCUGGAAGAGAAUCGAAGACUCCGACUUGAGCUGGAUCAAAGAAAGGAUGAUUUACAAAGGUACAAGAAUGAACUGAAAGCUGCUGCAGAAAGAGAGGAGAAGCUGGAUAAAGCCAAGACACAGACAGAAUUAGAUUGGCAGAGAAGAUGUGAGGACCUGGAGAGACAGCAGUAUGACAGAUCUGAGGACCUCAUUAAGAAGCUAAUUACUGCAAGGAAUGAGGCCCAAGCGUUGGUCAAAGAAAGAGAAAGAGAACUCCAUCACAAAAUCCUGCUACUGAAAUCCCUGCACAGAGAGCGGGAUCAGAUGAGGGGUCUGCUCAAGAAACACAGAUAUUCCUCUGGAUAA